AUGGUAUACCGGGUUGGGAUGAUAAAUGGGUGUCCCAACUUAGCUGAAGUGUAUCUGAGGAGGAGAUGCCAAGUUGGGAAUUUCGGAGUCAUUUCUCUUGUUGAUUUGGUGCCAAAUUUGACAACUUUGGAUUUGACUGGUUGCAUUAGGAUUGCAGAUGAAGCCCUUAAAGCUAUCGGGAAUGCAAGAUCAUUGCAGGUUUUGAUUUUGCGAGGCUGUUGGUUAAUUACAAAUACGGGUUUGGCUUUGUUGGCCAGUGGGUCUCUGUCUAGGACUCUACGAGAAUUAGAUAUUGCAGAGUGUAAUCGAAUUACAGAUGAUGGGUUAUUGCAUUUGAGAGAAAUGUGUUGUUUGGAGGAGUUGAAUCUGGCAAACUGUGGAUUGGAUGUGACUAACACCGGGGGUGUGGCGAUUGCUGCAAUUCAAACUCUCAAGAGAUUGUCCUUUUCGUGGUUGAUUAACAUAUCGGAUGCUACACUCAUUGCUCUUGCUCAGAACUGCCCAAAUUUGGUGUACAUUGGACUGAGGGGUUGUGAAUCAAUAACGCGGGUGAUGGCAUUCGUGCCUUUGCAAAUCAUAGGUCUUUGGAAUCACUUGUGUUGGCUUCUUGUUACAAGUUUAGCGGGGAGGAUUUGCAAGAGAUGGUGCUCGGAUGCCGGACCUUGA